AUGUCUAACGGCAUCCAAGUUGCUAAACAGAUUGAACAUUCUCUUGGGAAUGGAAUGGAAAGGCUUUCUGAAGCACAGAAUCGUGAUGUUGAGCUUUUGAUUUGGGAAAAUAAAGAAAAUGCUGGUAUAUCAAACAAGAAAUUGCGCAAGACGAGAAGAUGUACUGAACAAGCUUCAAACUUUAAAUCCAGAUGCUACGGAGAAACCAGAGGUGCAAUUCCAAAGAAACCGAGAAGUCUACGCACUCCUAGAAUUCGUCCAAAACUUGAUGAGGUAAAAGAGACCAUGAUAAAUGAGGACAAAUUCUCAACUUCAGCAGCUGAAUCUAAACCCACAUUUGAGUCUGAAUUGCGAGAUGAUGCAUCAGAAAACUGGAACAUGAGAAUUAGAAAUUUAAAAUGUGGAUUUAGAAGGAAGAAGCACAAUAAGAUUUGGACACUCACAGAGGUGAUUAAGCUUAUUGAGGUGUUUCUCAUUGCGGAGUCGGCAGAUGGAUUGAAAUCAAGAAGUAUUCAUUUCCAGCAUUUGCUUUCCGCAAUUCUAUUGAUCUCAAGGUCCUUGAUGCUUCUCAUCUCAGCAUGCUUAGUCAAAUUUGAUGCCUAA